ACUCUUUUACUACUGCCUGCGAUGUGACUCCACGCCGCUCGCUCACUCGCUGGAAUAUCACCCUGCGUGACAAGUGACGGAUUUUACGCGCACUCCACGCCGUCCGGUUUUCCAAAUUCAAGGGGACACCGCGGCAGCGGCUAAUGCCUUUUACCAUGACUGUGGGAUUAAUAACGGUUUUAUGUGCUGUAACGGCCGUUUUCGCGAUGGAAGAAACAUUAAUGGAUACCCGGACCGCCACAGCAGAGCUCGGGUGGACGGCGUACCCUUCGUCAGGGUGGGAGGAAGUAAGCGGCUAUGACGAGAACCUCAACACCAUCCGAACGUACCAGGUUUGCAACGUCUUUGAGUCCAACCAGAACAAUUGGCUGCUCACCACCUUCAUUGCACGACGUGGCGCUCAGCGCCAAAUAACCUAA